AUGGCGGCAUUACCUAAGAGAAUUAUUAAGGAAACCGAGAGGCUUGUAUCUGAUCCUGUUCCAGGCAUUACAGCUACUCCUUCAGAAGAAAACCUCCGUUAUUUCGAAGUCACGAUUGAGGGCCCAUCGUCGUCACCUUAUGCCAAUGGAUUAUUCAAAUUGGAACUCUACUUGCCAGACGAUUAUCCAAUGUGUGCUCCUAAGGUCAGAUUCUUGACAAAAAUAUAUCACCCUAAUAUCGACAAAUUAGGUAGGAUCUGUCUUGAUGUUUUGAAAGAUAACUGGAGUCCAGCCCUACAAAUUAGAACAAUACUUUUGUCCGUCCAGGCCUUAUUGGGGGCCCCAAAUCCGGACGAUCCGUUAGCUAACGAUGUGGCAGAAGACUGGAAGAAGGACGAAAAAGCUGCCAUUGAAAUGGCCAAAGAAUGGACUUCGAAGUAUGCUAUGCAGAAUUAA